AACACGGGCUGCAGAGGCGCACAAGCAGCGAAGAGACACGGAGGCAGAGAUCAGCUUUGCACCACUUUAAGUUGCAUUUUUUUUUUUGUAACAGAAAUCUUCAUUUUGGGUUCCGCAGUACCAGCUGUUGCGCUGCUCACAGUAAAGCAGAAGACAAAUAACCGUCCUAAUCUGAGGAGGAAUUAAGUGAAAGGCUGGAUUUAAUCGAGAAUUAAAGUGUUGGAGAGGAACCACGGAGAAGUGGGAGGAAUAACGCAACUCGAGGUUAUUUAUUUUGAUAAUGCCGAGGAGGCAGUUUCGGCUCCGGAUUUACGUCCAAAACAAGUCUGAAGCCAGAGGAUGACAGCAGCCAGCCCCGUCUGCAGCCCCGCCUCCUCCCACUCUUCCCACUCUUCCCCCACCUGCCUCCCAGCAUGCCACAGACACCUGAGGAAAGGCAAAUCCCUCCAGACCAAACUUCACCUGCGCUCAGCCCCUGGUGUGUGGCUCCUGCUGGGUGUGGCUGUGGUUUUGGUGGGGAUGGCAGUCGCAGUGGCGGGGUACGUUUCUGCAGCUCCAAAGCCCGUGGGUGGCCGAGGCAGCACCCAUGUCGAAAGGAUGAAGCUGGCUGGACCUGUGGUUAUGGGAGUAGGCCUGUUUAUCUUCAUCUGUGCUGCCACGCUGCUUUACGAGAACAGGGACCGCGAAGUCCUCAGACGAGAGAUACCUGACGACCUAGAGGAUCUGAAGGGAGGAAACGGCUGGGAGGAUCUGCAGGAGCCGCCAAGUUUCAGCUGCCAGGAGCAGUGGGAAUGUGGAGAUGGAGAGCAGGGGUGCUGGGCCACUCCAGCCCACACACGCCCCCUCUUAGACCAGAACUGUGGUCCUCUUGUUCUUCCUCCUCCCUUUGGCCGGAACAGAAACAACAUCAGCAGCAGACCAUCUCCGCCGCCUCCUUCAGACGCAGGAGGCAGAGAUAAAGACGAAUACAGGGAGGAGGAGAAGGAAGGAAGAUCGAUGCUGCUGGCUCGAGUUCUGCACCACCAGGAACCGACUCCUCACCCUCCCUCCCCCUGCCUGUCCAUCUCCCACUCCUCUGUCUACUCAGACUCCUGCAACUCCAGUGAAAUCAACUUCAACAUACGGACAGGCUCUCCUCUGCCACCUCAACACUGAACCUCCUACUGGUUCAACUCUCAUUAAAAAUGCAUGAUGAGAUACAUUGGUUUCACAUGCAGGCGUUGAACUAAAGACAAGGCUUUGUUGGUAUGUUUUAGUGCCUCUGAGUGGCGCAGUGGCUCUGAGUCACAUUCUGUGAGGGGCUUUUUUGUCCUACAUCUUUUUCUGACUCACCCACGUUUGAAAGAUCCGAGCUAUGCUGUUUGAUGUCAACUAAACCCAUCUUGUUGUCUUUGAACUCACCCUUUCCCAAAAUCCCAAAAACCACUGCCUCUUUGACCAUAUUAGGACGUGGGGAGGAUUGCUGAGAACUUAGUUGGGUGCCAUACUGGGAGAGGAACACACUUAGACUACUCCCCCCUUUUCAGUGAUAAAGCACCUACAUUUCCCCACUGAAAAGAUUUGGUAAGAGGAUGAGCCAGAUUAAGUCUCAAUUGAGUCUUUAUCUAAUCUCACACAUAAUGUAAUCUAGUCUUUAUCCGAGCAAAUUGGGUCUCGGAAUAAACAACAGGAGCACAAAAGGACACACUGCACUCACUCCACACCUACAGCCACUCUAUAAAUACCAGCUGGUGCUCUGAACGCACGCAAUGUGGACUUGAGUUCUCAGUUUUGUUGCUGUAAUUGAGCAUUUUUGUUGUAAAUUCAAAUAGUCAGCUGCUCAUUUUCUCCCCUUUUUUAAGACGAGAUCUUCAAGAAUUUCAAUCAGAUUGUUGAUACAAAGAAAAGAGCAAUGGCAUGAGGGGAAAAAGCAGCAAAAUCUGGUGAGGCAGUUAUGAGUUAUUCCUGACGCAGCGUAACUGAGAAAAACGGCCCUGUGAAUCGUGUAACUGAAGCCUCACUCUCCCACCAUCCCGACCUUUCAUCUCCUCUCGCUUCAUCAUCCGAGUCCUACGCUUUUAUUCAAAUACUCCAUCCUCCAUCAUCUCAAUCCCUCAGCUUGAAUAAAACAAAACAAAACAAAACAAAACAAAACAAAACAGAGCAGAACAAUGUCAGUCAAAUUAAUCCAAAAACAAGCGUGUUUGAACAGGCUGAGAGGUAACAGGGGUAGGAUUUUAAUUAUCACCAGCAUUUUCUCCUCCAGCCUGUAAUUACACAGGGGAUCAGUCUGAAGGUUUUUAUAGGUACUUUAGGACUGCAGAGUAUUUCCUUGUUGUGCAGGCCCAUGCUGGGAUCCUGCCAUCCAGAUGACUGAGACUGAAGUGUACAGUAAAUUUGCAGCCACACAUUUUUCUUAAAAAACAGCACUCAUCUCUCUCUCUCUCGCACACACAGUCAGAGGAGGUGUGAUGUGUAGGUUCAGUGUGCUGUUUUAGGAGCUGGAGGUAUCUUUCAGGAGCAGGGCUAAGUUGGGGAGAUGUGUCUGAAUCUUGCAACAAGCUUCAAGCAGCCUCCUUCGCACUUAUGGCUCAGAAAAGCAGUUCUCACUUUGCACUCUCGCACAUACAAGAGUCCUUCCCACUUAAAAUGCUUUGAUGUGCUUACACAAGGGAAGAUGUUGAUGUGAUGAGCUAAAUCUAAAGAUUGGUUUAAUUUCUUGGUCAGUCUGAAAUAAGUGAUAAAUAUUUUUUCUGUGUUUAUUAUUAAAGAUGACAGUUUUUGAAGCAAUGGUGGAAACUGCUUUAAAGGUCUCCAUCUCAUGGUCAGAAUAAUGAAAUAUAAGUCUAAAUGGUAAAAACAAAGCUGUAAAAGUUAUCAGAUUUUACAGAGUACAUCAGUCUAAAACUCUCUCAUAUAACAUAUUUUUUCCAUACAUUUCAGUUUACAAGGCAACCCUAUCUAAAAUAAUAAAAAUAAGUUAAAUUAACUGAUUUAAAAUAGAUCUGUUGAAAGAUUCAAGGUUUAAAUCAAAAUUAAUCUGCCAAUCUAUAUAGUUAUUCCCAGAUGAUGCUGUUUUUGUCACAUUUUCAAUUUCCCCUAUUAUUAUAAGAAUGUUUUUGUUUAAUUCUGGAUUUUGUUCAGUCUUAAACCAUGGAUAAUUUACUUUAUGUUUGGAUAUACAGUGCCCAUAAAAAGUAUUAACACCCUUUGAUUUUUUUUUUACCAUGUUAUUGAUUUUAUAAAUCUGUCAUGGUCAAUAUAAUUUGGCUUUUUGGACAUAAAAAAAUUACAAAAAAAAAACAAAAAACAAUUUAAUCCCAAGGUAAAAAACAGUCUUCUAAGAGUAAUGUGAACCGAAUAAAAAUGUGUGAUGCAUAAAUAUUCACCUUCUUUCAAGUAAGUAUUUAGUAGAUGCACCUUUGGCUGCAAUUAUAGCUCUGAGUCUGUGUGGAUAGGCAGACUCAGGCUGCUUAAGUUCUGUCAGGUUGCACAGAGAUCAGGCGUGAACACCCUCAACAUCUCUGGGGUAUGUUAAGUGCCUCUGAAUUUUUUUUUUCUAAUCCAUCCCCUGACUCAUACUUUUCAAUUACCUUUUCUCUGAGUU